AUCAGUCUUAUCUCUUAUAACUUCCACAACUUAAAAGUCUCAAAUUUUGAAUUAAUUAAAAUAAAGUAAAGUAACGUAGUUGUAUAAACAGUUUUUGUUUUAUAAAACUAAAGUAUUUAAAUAUAUUUUUGUUAUUACAAUGAUUUCCUCUGGCUUUAGUGGUGCUUUAAAGUUAACAGAUUUAGAUGAUUUUAUAACGCCCUCGCUGGAAUGUAUAAAGCCAGUACAGUUUGAAAAAUCGAUUGGUACAGGUGCUAAAAUCAAGAUUGGAGAAGAUGGGUCUUAUACACAAGAGACUAUAAGUGGCAAAGUUGAAAAAUUGAAGCAAGUAGAAAUUUCAUUAACAGACUGUUUAGCUUGCAGUGGUUGUAUAACUUCAGCUGAAACUGUACUUAUUCAACAACAAAGCACAGAUGAGAUGAUGCGAGUUUUCAAUGAACAACAUGUACAUAUUUUGGAUGAAAUUAAUAGAAAAUUCAUUGUAGUGUCAUUAUCCAUCCAAGCUUGCAUUUCAUUUGCUGUUAGUAAAAAAUUAUCUGUUCAAGAGUCCACGUUGAAGUUAUGUGGAUAUUUCAAAAAAUUGGGAGCAAACCUAGUAUUUGAUCUAAAGUUAGCUGAAGACUUGGCAUUAAUAGAAUCGCAGAAUGAAUUUGUGGAAAGAUAUCAAUCAGCUAAAUGUCUGAAAUCGAAUAAAAUACUACCUAUGUUAGCAUCAUCAUGCCCAGGUUGGGUAUGUUAUGCAGAAAAGACUCAUGGUAAUUUUAUUCUACCCUACAUUAGCCGUGUAAAAUCACCUCAACAAAUCAUGGGUACACUCAUAAAAAAUUACAUUUCAAAAUUAAAGAAUAAGUUGAAAAAAGAUAUAUACCAUAUAACAGUUAUGCCAUGUUUUGACAAAAAAUUGGAAGCAUCUAGAGAUCAAUUUUUUGAUGUAGAUUCUCAGACUAAAGAUGUUGACUGUGUAGUCACAUCAAUUGAGUUGGAAGCUUUAAUGGUUAAGGAAAAUAUACAUUUUGAAGAUAUUAGUUGUGAAGAGUUUGAUAUAAUGAUAGAAACAGAUUUAAAUUGUAAUUCCCAAUUGUCAACAAAUACAGGAUCUGGAUCUGGUGGAUAUGCCCAUAAUAUUUUUCGCCACGCUGCUCUCCAACUAUUUAACAUCAAUGUUGAAAAAAUUGUGUUCAAACCUCUUAGGAAUUUCGAUAUGAAAGAAGCCAUACUGGAAGUCAAUGGAACUGUUCUUUUACGUUUUGCGAUUGCCAAUGGUUUUAGAAAUAUUCAAAAUCUAGUACAAAAAUUAAAAAGCAAAAGAUGUCCUUAUGAUUAUGUAGAAGUAAUGGCAUGUCCAUCAGGAUGUCUUAAUGGUGGUGCUCAAGUAAAACAAAUAGAACUAAAGCCAAACAGAGAAUUCAUUAACAAAUUGGAACAUAUUUAUGAUGAUUUGCCUAAAACCUUUCCAGCAGACAGUAUCAAUGUAAAACAUCUGUACACAAAUUGGUUAAAUGAGAAUAACAAAAAUGAGUAUUUAUGUACAACUUACAGAGAAAUAAAAAAAAUUGAUCAACCAUUAAAUAUUAAAUGGUAGACUAAUGCAACCUAUAAAAUUGUUUCUGUAUUAUAAAUAUUGAUAAAGUUAGCUAAUUAUAUAUUUUUUUUGUGUGCAUCAUUCUUGUUUCUGUUAACCGUCCGUUGUAUUACUUUAAAUCACAAAAAUAAGCUCAAGAUUCCUUUUUUAUUUUGCAAUGUGUAAUGUUUAUAAUUAAGUUGUAUUAUUUUAUGAAGAUGUCUUUAACAACGAUAAAACCUUAAUAAUUGAUUGUUCUAUCUACAAAAUUAUCAUAAUAUCAUACAAUAUUAAUACUUACUCGUAAUUUUA